AUGACCUCCGAAUUUCCGAAUGAUGUCUUCACCAAUUAUUUCCGUUUGAACCGAAACCAGUUUGGUGAAGUACAUGGGAUGAUUCAACAAUUUAUUGAUGCAGAUGGAUGCAAUGCUCAAAAGCCGAUAGGAACUGAAGAAAAACUUGGAGUAUUCUUGAGAUAUUUGGCCAGUGGUGACAGCUAUAAAAGUAUGGCUUACAACUACAGAAUGGGAGAUCGAAUGGUAUCUAAUAUUGUAAAAGAGGUAGCCGUCGUCAUAUGGGAACGUAUGCAACCAAAAUACCUUCCAGAACCUACGGCAAAUGUAUGGAAGUCAGUUACUACCAGAUUUGAACAAAGAUGGCAAUUUCCGCAUUGCGUUGGAGCAGUGGAUGGAAAACAUGUCGUAAUCAAAAAGCCUGCCAACAGCGGUUCUUCUUACUAUAAUUAUAAACACACAUUUUUUGUGGUUUUAUUAGCCACAGUUGAUGCUGAUUACAAAUUUAUCACCGUUGAUGUUGGAGCCAUGGGAAGAUUUAGUGAUGCAAAUUUGUUUUCGAGCAGUGCACUAGGCAGAAAAAUGAUGAAACGCACUUUACUACUUCCGUCGCCGGCACAACUACUUACGAUUGCUAACUUAGUACCGUACGUUUUUGUAGGAGAUGAAGCGUUCCCUUUAUCAGAAAAUCUAAUGAGACCGUAUAUAAGAAGAUAUGUAACUGGUAAUUACGCACAUCAAGUUUUCAAUGCUCGGCUUUCCCGAGCUCGACAGACAGUGGACUGUGCGUUUGGUAUACUAGCUUCACGGUUUCGUGUCUUUAGAAGACCCUUUGAAAGUAAAAUUGACACGUUAACUGACGUUGUAAAAGCAGCCUGCGUUUUAUACAACUAUUUACGAUCGUCAGUACAGAUCACAAAUGAUAAUGUGGAUGACAUUGUACGAUUGCCAAAUAAUCAAUUACUUUCAGUACGUGCUAGCAAUGUUAGAAAUACGUCAAAAACGUUUAGAGUAAGGGAACAAUUCACGGAAUACUUCAAUAAUUGGGGAGCUGUCCCACGGCAACAUCAAACCCUUAUGCUUGGAAAUUACUAA